UUUAUGUAAAGCGAUAAUACAGAGUACCCUUCACACUCGUGGGACAAGCUGUUGUCCUGAUCACUUCACCAGGAGGCCGAUGGUAGGCUGUAUCGCUAGGCGCUGGAAAAACGUGAAGAUGUUAACUCUAUGUUUGUUGCUGAGUCUGUGUCUAGGAACAGCAUUGGGAGUUCCCUGCUGUACAGGAGUUUGUGACUGCGAGGCCCACGUGGUCACGUGCGAAUCCAAAAGUCUUUCCGAUGUACCAAUGUGUUCAGCAAGUGAAGUCAACGAAUUCACAGAGAUGCGACUCACUAAAAACAGGAUAGUCAAUCCGACCUUUAGUCGCAUCCCUGACUCGAUCAAAACCCUGGAUCUUUCCGAUAACAAUAUUACCACCAUAACUAUUGAUAAAGUAAGAAACGUCAUGGAAUCGCUGGACCUGAGUGGGAACGGACUUACUAGUGUGCCCAUAUUGAGUAAACUGCCCUCUCUACAUAACCUUGACGUGACCUUUAAUCCAAUCCCGUCCAACUUAAAUGGAUUUCCGGACGCCAUCUUCCGACAGCUUGGAACCAAUCUCACCUCUCUUCAUGUUGGACACCCAGAAACAUUCACCGAAUUCCCACGCACAAUAAGCACUCACCUGCCAAAGCUCGACACAUUGGAGAUCAACGGUGCACAUGCUCGCUUCGGUAAUUUGCCGCCGACAGCAUUUGAAGCCUUCGAAUUAGUCCUCAAAAAGCUAUAUAUUCGAAAUACACUUUUGUACGCAGUCCCUCUGACGUUAAGACGCCUUCGGAACUUGAAGGAACUUUACUUUGAGAGCAACCCUGUCCAGGACUACGGCUUGUUGCCGGAAGCGUUCAGUGGCCUGAAUAGUCUUGAACUGCUAUCACUGAAGAACGACAGUUUGACGACAUUCCCUGCUAUUGUCAACAAUCUCAAAGACAAACUGACAACUCUCAUACUAGACGAAAACAGACUGUUAUUUAUACGUGAAAAUGCUCUCAACAUGGUGAAUGGAAGCAACAUAGAAAAUCUUUAUCUCAGAGACUGUCAGCUGGACAGAAUCCCUGGGGCUAUGGCUGACGAUAGUGGAAACUACCUUCAGAAAAUCAAGGUGCUCGAUUUAUCAAAAAACAAGAUCCAGAGCAUCGAUCGAAAUGACCUGCACGAUCUUCAUAGUCUGCAGAACGUGUCCUUCAGCGAGAAUCCUCUAGCUUACGUGUCCACGUUAGCAUUCAAAAACCUCGGUAAUUUGUCCUUCGUCGAUUUCAGCAAUACCAGCAUCAAGGUUAUUCCAAUGGCGCUGACUAAUGUUGCUAGACAUGGCCUAGACAUUGACUUGAGGAAUACCGAUGUCGAGUGUAUAUGCGAGCUGGCUUGUUUCCAAAAGUACUACAAAUCGCGUAACUUCCGUGUCCAUGGCGAUUGCGAAACGGUUAGUGUUAAACUGACCGAUUACUUAGAGAUGACCAUACCACACUGUCCGAACUUUAAUGGUACCGUCUUCCCAAGCUGUACAGCAAACGUGUAAAGAGCAAGCGACUUUACUGUUUAUCAGUAAUUUCGAAAUGGCAACAAAUUGGACAACGUAG